UCCAGAUGAAACCUUGGAAAAUGAAAGGGAAAGGGUUCCAGGCCCUACCAUGGAGAAAAAAAUAAAGAAAGAACCAGAAGAGGAAACUGCAAUUAAAAAAGAACCAGAAGAGGAAACUGCUUUAUCAGAAGAGCCAAAGAAACAAAAAAUAUCAAGCUUGAAACGAGCAAGAUUGCAGUACCAUCAGAAAGUUUUGGAAAAAAAGAAGAAAAAGGAAGCUGCAAUUCAAAAAAGGAAAGAAAUAGCAAUGGCCAAGAUUAAGCGGAAGGAAGAACGGUUAAAGCGUUUCAAGAAACUGAAUCAGAAGACCAAAAAAGGACAGCCAGUGAUGAGAGGACGAAUAGAAUUGAUGCUGGAAAAGCUAGAGAAAGAGAUGAGCUGACAGUAAAUAAAACAUUACCUAAAAUUC